AUGGAAGCUUUAGGCGGUUUGGAUAGAAUCAGCAUCCUUCCUCAAAACAUAACCGAAAAGAUUCUAAGUCUUCUGCCAAUCCCAGACGCAUUGAAGACGAGCAUCUUGUCAAGGAAGUGGAGAUAUUGUUGGGCGAGCAUUCCGGUACUUACAUUUAACGACCAAAUGUUUGAAGGAUCAUCAUCUAGUGGCAUACAAAAUAUGAGCCAAAAACUUGAUACCGUCUAUCAAGUUUUGCUGCAACACAAAAGUCCGCUAGUGGGGUUUACUUUGUCUAUUGAACCAGAGAUGGUUUCUAAAGUCGACCAAAUCGUUUCUUAUGUUGUUUCAAGAUGCAAUAGAUUAGAAGAAUUGGAGCUCGCAAAUUGUGAUUUCGAGCCUCCACCAAAGUUUACUGGGUUUCAUUCACUGAACUGGCUAAGUUUUUCCAAUGUUGAGAUUUCUGCCAAGAUGCUAAAACGUUUCCUAACCCAUUGCCCACUACUUGACGAAUUCUAUUUGGUCGGAAAACAAAAGGAUACUACAAGAGUAGAAAACAUGCUUACAUUUGUUGAGUUUUUUGAGUGUCUUCCUUCAAUUCAGAUUUUGGCCAUCUCAACGUAUUAUAUGAAGUACUUUGCUCCAGGUAGGCCAAAUAAGUUACCAGUUUCAUUAGUCCAUCUCAAAAUUCUAUUCAUGGGUGUGUGCUUUAUGGAUCAUGAUGAGGUUUCCUCUGCUCUUUGUUUAAUCAAAAGCUCUCCAAAUUUAGAGAAACUUAUGCUCAAGUUAGUACCUCAACCAACUUCCAUGCAUUUUAUUGAUCUCCAAGACCACACUGGCUUCAAGUUGGAUUAUCUUCAAGAAUUGGAGAUGGAAUCAUUGAGUAACUUAUCUAUCGAGAUGGAAUUCGUGAAGCUCAUCAUGGCCAACUCAUCUGUGCUUAAAAAUGUACUAAUAGAGCUUGAUGACAGUGUUUCUGUUGAUGAAGAACUAGAGAUGUAUAGAGACUUGAUACGGCGGCCAAUUCCACGUGCAUCACCUUCAGCAGAAGUGAUCAUUACACGCCCAAAAACUUCAUCCUAA